UAGAAAGUGAGGUCGAACAUCAUCCUCAUCACCACAAACAUGGAAAAGUAGAAAGUGAGGUCGAACAUCAUCAUCAUCACAAGAAUCAUUAUAAGGAAGAAAUAAAAUGGAAGCCCGAAUAUAAAAAGAAAUAUUUUACUGAAACCGUUGAACAUGAAAAGGUAAAAUAUAAGAAAGUUCCUUAUUAUAAGACCGUAGAGAAAUUCAAAGUAGAAAAAUCUACGGUUUGUGUCCCAAAGGUCGAAGUAAAAACUGUUCCUUAUUACGAGACCGAAAAAUAUUACAAAAAGAAAUCUUAUAAGGACACUUCCUAUGAGUUAAAAAAGGAAUCUAAAGUGGUGAAAGUAGGAUCAAAAAAGAUAGUAUAUAAAAAAUAUGAGGAUCACAAGGAGGAACAUUGCACCACUACAACCUCCGCACCUUGCACCACAACUCCCGCUCCUAAACUAAUUUAG